AUGAGACUGGAAUUGUUCGAAGCUCAACAAGCAACUGCGUCAGGAAGGUAUGAAGAAGCUGCUGAAUGGUACUUGAAUUAUUUUCCCACGAUAGAUCGAGAAGAUGCUUCACAACUUUUCGAAAAAUUUAUCAAAGUUGUAGAAGAGAUGACCGUAGUAAAUAAUGACUGCGCAAAGCAAUUAUCAUUAUUAUUAAGAUGUCGCAAUAUUUAUCCGGAUGAAUCUAUCAUUUUAAAUGAGUGUGCUAGAUUCUUCUUCAUUGACGAUAAAAAGUAUCACGCAUUUGAGUGUGCAUAUGAUGCUAUUGAAGAUGCCUUCGACGUAUCACUUGCUAGUGCGCUUACAAACCUAAAAAAUAGUAAAUACAGUCUAGUGAAACCCAGCGAUUGGGCUGUGAUAAAUGAUGAAGAAAGAGUGAGUAAUUAUGAGCUUGCUAUGGAUAAUGUUGCUGCAUGGAGACCAGAAUGUUAUGCAUUGCUAAUUGGAAGUGGAUUAGGAGUUUUUGCAUCAUUUGCACAAAAGUCCUUCAAGGGUAAUGUAUUUUGUAUUGAAAUGAAUAGACACUGGGGAUAUUUUAUUCGUGAAAAAUUGAAACAACAAGUGAUUCUUAAAGAUUUGAAAGAAGUAACGGCUGCUGAUUUUGAAUUUAAAAAGUUAGAUGUCGUAAUCAUCGAUGUAAUGGCAAAUGGUACCUUAGGUGAAAAAGCUCUAACAUUUUUGCAAAAUUUAAGUGAUGAAUUCUUGUCGCCUUUCAGAACAUUUAUUCCUAAAAAGGUAGUAGCUUAUGCUUGCAUUGUUGAGUGUCCAGAGAUAUCGAAAGAAAAUAUAGCAACUGCUUACGAAUAUCAAUUUUGCUCACGCCGUAUAUGGAAAUGUUAUGGUGCUGAUGAAGAGCUUUCAAAUAAUACACAAUCUUUUUAUCAAACUUCUUUAGUUUCUGCAUUGCGUGGAGGAUACAAAGUUCUGAGCAGAAUUAUAGAAAUUUUUACUGUAAAUUUGUGUAGUCUUAUAGAGAUAAAUAAAAUAGUAGUGGAAGGUAUUAUGGAGCUUCGAAUGGCUCCUAUUAUUGAAUAUGGUACUGCGCAUGCUAUUGUAGCUUGGAUCAGUUGUGAUUUAUUUCCUGACAUACAUUAUAUAGAUUCAAGUAUACAAGAUACAGGUAAUAAACGACAAGCAGUAUUUGCGCUACCAAGACCAAUAAGUUUAAGAGAAGGUAGCAUGUGUACACUACAAGUGAAACUACACACCAAUAGUGUAUCAUGCGUUCUCAAAGAUGUAGUAUUACCCUAUGAUACUUCAAGAAGCAUUGAAGAACAAAGCACUGUCAUAAUAAAUUAUUUAGCUUAUGCAGGAUUCCAAAACUUAGUUCCAUGUCAAACAAAUGAUUUUUUAUUCAUGAAUGACGAUGCUUUGGUACGUUUCUUCGAGCUUAGCUUAACUAGAUUACGUCAAAAAAUAGAGUUUGUUGAAAUAGAAGAGCCAGCUCAUGUCCUGGAUAUUACUAACCUUUGUACUCUUUCGCUUAAACUGAUCAGAACAUAUCCUGCAGUAACGUUUAUAUGCUAUAACCACGAUUCAACACUUUUUCCUGAUUCACUGACCACAGAUAAAAUCAUGGACCUUUUUGAAAACAUAGUUGACAAGGAACAGGAGUACAUGCCUGAUGCUUUCUGUCCGUCUGUAGCAAAAGAACCACCUCGUUUUUAUAUUGAGCAUGGUAAAACCGUUGAUAUAUUGAUAUUUUGGCCUAUUAGUUCUCAAGGCUUUAUAAUGGAAGCUGUACUGAAUCGGGUCUUUAACUUCCGCCUUGUUAAUUGUCAAGCUGGCCUUAUUCCAGCAAGCAUUAAUGUCAUGGGUCAGGUUAUAAGCUGCCCUGAUAUUAUUCAACAAAGCAGACCUGAUCCAGAAGUUUACGAAAAUAUAGAAAUUGAUAAAUCUAAGGUGGAAGAUCUUGCACUCUCAACUUAUUAUAACAUUGAGGUUUCUACUCUGAGACAUGAAGUAUUUUCUGCUCCGUUUCAGUUGUUGCAAUUGGAUUUUGAAGAGCUAGUGGUACAAGAUUCAACGCCACGCUUUAUGUGUUCUACAAAUAAUAUUUCGCGAGUUCGUAUUGAACGUGAUGGAACUGCUGAUGGAUUAUUGUACUGGUUUGAUGUUGUUGGUAUUGAUCAUUUUUAUAGCACAAAAUCUGAAAGCAAUGCUCGUUGUGCCAUAUCUUUAUUUGAUAGAAGUCGUAGUGUGAAGAAUGGUGAUCGUUUAUAUGUUAAAUCUGCUAAUUUUCAUGGUCAUCUGAUUUUUGAAUUCUGGUGA